UUGGCUAUCGAAAGGAAAGAAAAAGAAGGGCGAUGGCGAAGGCCGAGAAAUCCUCAAAUCUGGAAGAGGUCCUCAAGCCCUUCUAUCAGAGGGCUUCCGAAGCCGAGGAUCGUUUAACACAGCUGGAGGCAUUGCUUGCUAAGAAAGGUGAGUCUGAUACCGGAAAUAAGGAAAUAUCAUCCAUCGUAAAGGACUUUCAGUCAAAGCUAGAGUCUGCACAGGCUGAGCUAAUGAGCGAGAGAGAUAAGGCUUCCAAGGAAAUUCAGAAGCUUGCAGCAGAGAACCUGAAACUUCAGUACCGGAUUACUCAUCUUGCUCGGGCAUUGAAGGAGGCUGAUUCCAAAUUGGCAGCUUAAGUGUGUAGUUUCAACUGUACUCUUGCUAUGUUUAUGUGGCCAUUGGGUCAUAUUGUUAUUUUUGCUCGGUACCUCAGAUACUGGUUAUCAAAUGUAUUACAAUCUCCCUUUAGUUACAGGUUGUGAUAACUCUUGAUUUGCAUGUAGCAAAUCAAUGUGUGGAGUCCUAUACAGACAUAAUAGAUGGAAAAUUAGGCAUUUUUAUAUUUUGCCGCAGACUGGGGUACCAACACAUAAAUCAUCUGUCCGUUCCCUGAAUGGUUAUGAAAGCUGUGGCAGAUAUAGUGCUGA